GUAAGAAAACUGGCCCUUCUAACUCUCAAGCAUAUGUGGAUGGUGGGUCUCGAAUUAGUGACUUUAACCUUGUUUGGUAAGAACUUUUUAGAAAGAUAUUAGCUUAUUGAGGUCUAUUAGAGAUUUAAACAUUCUAAAAAAGUUCAAGUGUUUGAUAAACAACUUAUUAAAAGAUCAUUUUAAACUCAAAUAAUUUUUUUUAAAAAAAAACAAAAGUCAUAGUAAUUGCUUUUGAAUAUUUAGCUUUAUUAAUAACAGUUAACAAUUAAAGUCUAUCCGUCAAACCCUUUUAUACAACCAGCUAAUACAACUAAUUAUAUGAAUUAGCUACAAACUAAUUACCAAACAGGGUCCAUGUGAGCUCUUGAAUUCCAAUGAUAUAAAGUAGUACAUUCCCACGUACCACUAAAGUAUUAUACAAGUCUCCCCCCCCCCCCAAAAAAAAAAAAAAAAAAAAAAAAAAACCAUCACUAAUAAAUAAAUAUGGGAGUACCAUAAAUACUGUUUUCUCUCAUUCACAUUCUCUUUAUUUGUAUCCUAUAGUUUCCUCCAUUCCUAAAGUGAAAAAUAACUCAUUGAAUUAGCGUCAAAUAACUUGUAUAACAUGGAAGCUUCAAAUGGAAUUACCAAUCAUAAUGAAGUUGAAGGAACAGGAGAAAAUGUGCUUAUGAAACAUGCUGCUUUCUUUGAUAGAAAUCAUGAUGGUUUUGUUUAUCCUUGGGAAACCUUCAAUGGAAUGCGUGCCAUUGGAUGCGGGUUGUUUAUAUCCACCGCUGCCGCCAUCGUCGUAAACAUGAGCCUCAGCCAGAAAACUCGCCCGGGGAAAUUUCCUUCUUUGCUUUUUCCUAUAGAGGUAAAGAAUAUAGCCAAAGCCAAACAUGGGAGUGAUACUGGUGUAUAUGAUACACAAGGAAGGUUUGUAGAAUCGAAGUUUGAAGAUAUAUUUAAAACGCAUGCAAGGGAAAAUUCAAGUGCUCUCACUUCUAAAGAACUUAGUGAAAUGCUGAAGGCAAACAGAGAAUCAAAGAACAUUGGAGGAUGGUUUGGGGCCUUUGUAGAAUGGAAGAUUUUGUUUUCGCUAUGCAAGGACAAGGAUGGGUUGAUGCAAAAAGAUAAAGUUAGAGGAGUAUAUGAUGGAAGCAUAUUUGAGAAGUUGGAGAUGGAUAGACAAUCAUCUUCUAAGAAACAUAAACAAGGUGUUCACGGAGGAGAUAAAUAAGUUAGCAAUGCAGUUUGAUCUUCAAGUGGUGGACACCAAUUCAUAGUUGUUAUGUAUCUAAUAGUUGGUUUUGAAUUUAUACAAUGCUCCUUUUAAUAAUUAUGUGACGCUUGUAAUUUUAUGUACUCGUACAUUAUUACAAGGAUUUAUGAUGUCACGUCUUCAUUAUAUUUGUAUGGGCAAGGGACGGACAUAUAAGACCAAGUUAUUCUUAAAUCGAUCUUAUUAUACAGUAUUU